AAAAAAACCACACACACACACAGAAAAACCCAGCGAAAGCACUUGUCAGGCAGGCAGCUCAAGCAGCACAGGGGGAAGACAGACAGCAGGAAGCCUGGAGGAAUCUCCUGCAGUUUUGCCUCCAUCCCAGCCCCAGUCCGCCCCGUGGCAGCAACAGGCGGACUUUGUCCUCCCGGAAAAUGUGACACCAGGUGCCUCCGUCCGCAAUGCCGGUAGCUGAAUGCCUCUGACCACGCCAUGGCAGAUUUUUGCAGUGUGCCUCCUGAAAUCCUCGCCCCGGCUGCCAACGAGACACUGGAACUGGCACUGGGAAGCCAGGCCGUGCUGAACUGCACUGUGCGCUGGGCGGUCGGUGAGCACUGUGAGCCUGUCCCCGCCUGGACCAAGGACGGGCAGUGGCUGGGCAGCGAGAGCAGCCAGGACAGCAGCUGGUUGGGUCAAAAUGCCUCGGAGCGUCUCCUUGCCACCGUCCUGCAGGUCAACCUCACGCACGAUGCCGAUUUCGGGGUGUUUUCCUGCUGGGUCAGCAACGCCACAGCCACCUUCACCCUGCGGAGAGGGGAUGUUGCGGGGCACGUGAGUGCGGUGCUCGCUGCCCUGCUGGUCCUGGUCCUCCUGGUGCUGCUGGCAGGGCUCUAUGUCAGGUGCCGCCUGAGCGUGCUCCUCUGGUACAGGAACCACUACGGCGAGCUGGAGAUGAACGAUGGGAAGCUGUACGAUGCUUAUGUGUCCCAUGCCACCGCCCCAGAUGAUCGGAAGUUUGUCCACUUCAUUGUGAAGCCACAGCUAGAGAACCGCUGUGGCUACAAGCUCUACCUGGAUGAGCAGAACAUCCUGCCCAAUGCCGAGCCAUCAGCAGAUCUCAUCAUGAACGUGAGCAGGUGCCGGCGCCUCAUUGUGGUCCUCUCUGUGGCAUACCUGGAGCAGGAUUGGUGCAACAGCAGCUUCAGGGAAGGGCUCUGGAGGUUGCUGGAGCUUUCCAAGAAACCCAUCUUCAUCGUCUUUGAGAGCCAGUACCGGGAGAUCGCGCACCCUGCCAUCAGCCUGCUGAAGCAGCACAGGAGCGCCGUGACCUUGCUGGUGUGGCGAGCGGGCUCCAUGACCCCAUCAUCAGACUUCUGGAAGGAGCUGUGCCUGGCCCUGCCACGCAAGUUGGCCUUCCGAGGGACCAUGGGGGACCCGCAGACCCAGCUCCAGGAGGACAAGGACCCCAUGCUCAUCCUGCACAGCAGCUACUUGGACAGCCGGGGGGACCCCCACCCAGAUGGAGACCUGGGUACAGGCCUCCGUGGAUGUGCUUUCAGAAGUCCCCUUCCUCCUCGCAUCGGUGGCCCUGGGGGGCCCAUGGCUUUGGCCACUGGCACGCUGGAGGACACGCAGCUGAAGGACAGCCACAGAUCCGAGAUUGACGUCUCCGACCUGGGCUCACGCAACUACGGGGCCCGCACGGACUUCUACUGCCUGGUGACAGAGGAUGACAUCUGAGCAGAGCCACAGCCAGGCUGCUGCAUCCCAGCGUCCCCACACCCUGUGGGACUGCACAGACUCUGGUCAUGGUUCCAGGAUCCCAGGCAUUCAGAAGAAAUGAAGCUGGGAGGAGAGGAGCUGGCUCCAAGCAACAUGCUCCAUGGUGGAAAGCCAUGACGAGGGGACAUUCCUGUCCACAGUGCCUGGGCACCCUUAGGUGCUAGGUCCUCCUGCCUUGCCCUGGGUAGAAGGGACAUUUUUCCUGGCUGAUGGACCAAUGCUGGGAUUGGUGAUGCCCUUGGAGAAGCAGCAUGUGCCCACGUCCCUUUGCCCCUCAUUCCCCUACCCUAGUUGCUUGAGGCAGCAUCACCCUCUCCCCCACAGAAAUCCCGGUGGCAAUAAAACACUGCUGCUCC